UAUGAUAUACAAGCGUAUUAUAAUUCAACUCUUUAUUUAAUAAUAAUUAUUAUUAAAUAUGAAGUGCCAACAUCAAGUGGUUGUAGCAUUUGUUGUUUUUGUUUUGACAUUAAAUCAUGUUCAAGGAGAAAAUAUUUCUCUUUCACCUUCGACCCAAGAUAUUGAAAUCUUUGGGAAUUUAACAGACAAACAAAUACCUGCCCUGAACUUGUAUCAUUUUGGACAAAAAAGCUACUACAUCGGCGACGUAUUUAAGGGUAACUUCUUCAAAGCAGAACAAUUUUGCAGAUUUCACGGAAUGAAUUUGGUAACUAUAAAUUCCGAAGAGGAAAACGAUUUUUUGGAGAAGAAAAUCACCGAAAGAGGUGAUGGUCUUAACCAUUUUUGGAUAUCAGGUACGAAAUUACCAGACGUUAAUGAAUGGAUAUGGUUCACUACCGGUAGACACAUUACAUAUUUUAACUGGAAUUCAGGAGAACCCAACAAUGCUAAAAAAGAUGAAUAUUGCAUUGAAAUGAGAGUGGUAAAAAGAAAAGUCAAAUGGAACGAUAUAGAUUGUUGGCAAGAUUUCAAUUUUAUUUGCGAAUUUACUUGGACUAAAGAUUGUAUUAAGCUAUUGAAAGAUAUACAGCAUCGUUCAAAUAUCUCGAAUAUUAUUGACGUUGGAGUUAAGUUGCCAGAGAUGAAUUGAAUAAUAAGAAUAUAAAUUUAUUAAUUAAUGUGUUUAUGUAUUUCUGACUGAAUGCAUGUUUUCUACCAAACAGACGACCAAGUUCUUAAAAGACUCCUAGUUU